AUGCAUGGAGGGAUAUCUCAUUAUUUGCCUGUACUCUAUACCCAAUGCUUGUUGUCAAUGUCACAUCAUCCAUAAGUGCUUGCCAUUUCUGGCACUUGGUUGUGACCGUUUACUGAUGCAUUUAAGCUAAAUGAAAAAAAAAAUAUAUAGAAAAAAAAAAUAGUUUUGACAGAUAGAACAUGAAUAUCAACCUAUACCGAAGACGACGUUUACGUUCAACACAACCUAUACUUACACGUGUUCAAAUUCGUGAUCUCGGUCGACUGAUGGGCAUCACCUCAUUUCGACAGUCGGUUGAGUUUCUUAUGGAUCCUUACAAUUAUUUUAAAUUAAGCAAGGUCAAAAUGGCCGAAAUCCAUCAAUACCUAAUUGAAAAAAACAUUACCAACAAGAAAUGUCCCAAUACGCAUAUAAGACAAGGCGAUCAUGCUCGUCUUUUGAUCUCGAUUCUGUUUCCUGGAUAUCCAAUCAUUCGGGCAAGUGAACAUCAUUAUCGAGAUUUAAGAGAAAAUCGUUCACCUCAUGCCAAAUCAACCGAUCUUGCUUAUGAUCAAUUGCCUACCACAGAUAAAUACGAACGCUUAGAUGAACUGUUUCGUGCUGAUGUAGAUUGGUACAAGCAUAUUGAUCAAUCUAAAUCCCAUACUGUCGAGAUUCCUUUAAAGAGACUGAAUCGAUCUGUGGUUGUGGAGGGACAUGCUUCUUCUAAUUUAAAUGUCCGUCUGUUCUUGUAUUUAUGGACGUCUGAACGUAUGGCAUGGAAUCCUGCUCCUGUUCAGAUGUUUAUUGAUGAUGUUGACUCUUUUAAUGAUAAAGAAAAGGAAUGCAACCAAGAUGGAUUCUAUCAUAUUGAUCUGACAGACAAAUCCAGUGCAAUUCAGAAAGCCAAUCGAAGAAGUACGGGUACAGCAUCCAUUCGAUUUGAAUUCAAGGACCAGAAGCGUCCUUCUAUUCGACAUGUCUCUGUCUGUGCUGUGGUAGAAAAGACACCCGAAGAAUUAGCCAGUCAAUUGUAUGUCCAGACAGCUGCACUUUACAUUGGAAGAGCCAUGGAAAGAUCGAGCAAGAACUUACCAUUGGCUCAACAAGUACAAGAGAAAGUGAUUGAGCUAUUAAAUCCUUAUGAUACCAAUGAUAAACUGAUUUUAUCAAAGACAGAAGACUUGCUGAUUGCUUGUGGAGAAACAUUUCUGAAUGAUUGGAAUGAUGCAGCAGGAGAAGAACAGGGCGAAGAAGAAGAAGAAGAAGUGUUUGCGGGGGGUGAAAUUGUGUCUAUGCUUGAUCCUAUCCUUCUCUCAAGGAUUCAACAUCCUACACGAUGCAUCUUUUGUACACAUAAUACAUGUUUUGAUGCUCAAGUAUUUUUUGAUCUUCAAGUGACUUCUAUGCAAUGGAAAUGUCCUGUUUGUUCUGUCAAGAUACGUGGCAUACAGGAUCUCUAUAUUGAUUAUCAAACUAAAAUAGCCUUAAAGCAGUAUCCUAACGAGGAAAAGUUUUUGAAAGAAGGUCAUACAUAUCUGCCUGUUUCUGGAGGCAACACAGACACAAAGACUAGAAAAUACAGUGUGAUAUCCUUAGAUGAAGACAUAGAAGAACAAGCCAAAAAGAAGUUGAAAUAAUAAUAAUAAACAAUCACAUGUAUUCAACAGGGACUACAUUUUGAUUGGGCCAUGACAUAAA